AUGUCCUUGAAUAUUUUCACAUCGACGCUGCUGCGCGUCCAAAAUGCUGUUCCCUCCACCUGUCGCUGGAGUUCGACUGCGGCCGUGAGUGCCUUCACAGCGCAGAGAUCCACGCAACAACGAUCCGCACCUAAGAAUGACCGAUUCCCCAACAAACGCCGAGUUCCCAACCGUAUGCGCUUCCUCGAGGACCAGAAAGUUCAGAGCGAGAGCCGAGCAUUGGAGAGAUUCCAGACUCGUGAAUGGAAGGCCGGUGAUGUCUAUGCUCCUCAUGAUCUUAGCCCUGCCGAGAUGAAGAAAUGGGGAAAGCGCAAGGCUCCCUCGCGUGAUGCUUUCGACGCCUUAAAUAUGAACCCAUUGGACCUAUACAAGAACUUCUCCGUCAUGUCCGAAUACGUGUCUGCUAUGGGCCGCAUCAAGCACCGAGGCGAAACUGGUCUUCGUCCUGUGAACCAACGGAAGAUUGCAAAGGCCAUCCGGAGAGCCAUGGGACUUGGUCUUAUGCCAUCCGUCCACCGACACCCUGAAAUCCUGGCCUCAGAAAUCAGAUCCAAGAUUGGACAUUACUAG